AUGAGCCCUACCACGAUAGGCGUCCUCGCACUGCAAGGAGCCUUCAUUGAGCACAUCAAGCUACUGCAUCAAGCUGCUGUUGAGCUGCGGCUUCAGCAAGAUGCAUUGUACGUGGACAAUAAGGACUUGCGCUUCAUUGAGGUUCGCAACGCUUCUGAACUGGCCCACUGCCAUGCCUUGAUUAUUCCGGGCGGUGAGAGCACGAGCAUGUCCCUCAUCGCCGAGCGGUCAGGCCUUCUGGAACCUUUGCGUGACUUCGUGAAGGUCGACCGUAAGCCGGUAUGGGGCACCUGCGCGGGUUUGAUCUUACUGGCGGAAAGCGCCAACAGGUCCAAGACCACCGGGCAGGAGCUCAUCGGAGGCUUGGACGUGAGAGUGCAGAGGAACUACUUCGGUCGGCAAGUCGAGAGCUUCGAAGCGGAUCUUGAGUUGCCUUUCCUAGAGGAUGGCUUACCGUUCCAUUCCGUUUUCAUACGUGCGCCUGUAGUGGAGAAGGUCCUACCGUCCACGACAUCCAAUACCGCAGACUCGAAUGCGGCAACCAUUGGCGGCAAUGUCAUCGCGCCAUCCAAGCGUGCCACGACUGCUCCGGUGGAGAUCCUAGGCCGGUUACCGGGCAGAGCAAGGACGCUCAAGGACCGGACGACCACCGCUGAGGAUCUCGGCGAGGAUGGCGACAUCGUCGCAGUUCGGCAAGGUAACGUGGUAGGUACUGCGUUCCAUCCUGAACUCACGGAUGAUCCCAGAAUCCACGUAUGGUGGCUCAAGCAGGUG